GGGAGAGGGAGCACUCCGGAGAUCCAGCCAUAGGAUAAGAAGGAAUUGUGGGAGCAAGGCAGGGAGGUCGUGCGUCAGCAGCCGCUUCUCCACAGGGAAACAUGAUGAUCAGGAGAUGCUGAGGGGGGCAAGAGCAAAACAGGAUCAUAUAGAUGGAUGUUAUCUCAUCAAGCAGGCACGCUGAAAGCAACCCACGCACAGGAUAAACCACUUAUGGACGCAGUGGAUUAAAGAUCUACGCAACAGACUAAGAAAGAGGGACAGGAGGAACACAGGAGAAGAUAUUCAUUUAUAUCUAUUGUCGUGUACGCAUUUGAUGCCAGUGUGUGUGUGUGUGUGUGUGUGUGUGUGUGUGUGUGUGUCUGUGCGAAAGGCAGGAGACCGCAUUGCUGUUUUCCGGAACCACAAAGCAGCCUAGUACAUUUAUUUUAUUUAUGUUUGUCCCUCCUUUUUGUGUCCCAUGGCUUUGUGUGUGCACUGUGUGUUGGUGUGUGUGUGUGUGUGAGGCUGGAAGUGAGCGACACAUAGACUUCAAAAAGUGCAAUUGAAGACAAACGUCAAUUCUUCUGGAUUGAUCAUGUUUCAUGUCGGGGGUCUCGGUCCUAAAGGUGGAAGCCUGAGCCUGCAUGUUUGAAGAACUGCCGUUUGGGAGUCUUCUAGAGGAGGAGGAGGAGGGAUCGCAGAGGGCUGAAAGGCGGAAAUGAGCGGUAUGGACUGUGUGGACGGGCCCUUCGUGGACUGCUGUGGCGUCCACCAAGUUUCAUCUCUUGCUCUGAGAGAAUAAUGGCAGUGCUGGCACCGCCUUCCUCUUUUCUCACCUGCACCUGAUGCAGAGUUGCAAGCGGGUGCUAGAAAGAGUGCACCAGGAGGAUGGUGUGAACUGUCCGCCAGGAGACUCGUGACACCGACGUGCCGGGCCAUCUUGUUUGUGGCAAAGCUGACAGUAUCAGAGCUCAGAAGCUGAUGUUGAACUGAGUGGGAGUUGUCUCCCUCCCACUCACUACUCCCUCUUCUUCUCCUCCUCGCUCGGCCUCCUCCUCAAACCUUGGACUGAUCCUAGCACCAACCUGUCCUCCUCCUUUCUCCCUGUCUUUUCUUUUUCUUUUCUUUUUGUUUUUGUCGAGGCUUCAGGGGAUUUGCCAAGACCUGUUUCAUGCAUGUCCACUGGAGGCAGAUUCAACUUUGACGAUGGGGGGUCAUACUGCGGAGGGUGGGAGGAUGGCAAGGCGCACGGCCACGGGAUAUGCACGGGACCCAAGGGCCAGGGGGAGUACUGUGGGUCCUGGGCCCACGGCUUUGAGCUGUUGGGCGUCUACACCUGGCCCAGCGGGAACACUUACCAGGGCACCUGGGGACAGGGCAAGAGACACGGCGUGGGCGUCGAGAACAAGGGCAGAUGGGUCUACAAAGGGGAGUGGACGCACGGCUUUAAGGGACGCUAUGGCGUACGGGAGAGCACCGGGAUGAGCGGGAAGUACGAGGGGACUUGGAACAAUGGGCUGCAGGACGGAUACGGCACUGAGACGUACUCUGAUGGAGGCACAUUUCAGGGCCAGUGGGUUGGCGGGAUGCGGCACGGCUACGGUGUUCGCCAAAGUGUCCCCUAUGGCAUGGCGGCGGUCAUCCGCUCCCCCCUCCGUACAUCCAUCAACUCCCUCCGCUCCAGCUCGGAACACAGCAACGGUACAGCGCUCCUCGACCGGACUAGCGUGGCCGUUCCUGGUCCCCCCCCAGUUCCCGGCACCCUGUCCACCAGCGUCUCCAUGUGCAGCACCGGAAGCAGCGGCAGCAGCCCCGCCGUGUCUCGAGGAGGCUUCGUCCUGACUGCACACAGCGAAGCUGAGCUUCUAAAGGGAAAGAGAAAGAGUGGGCUGUUCAGGAGGUCUAUUCUGUCCGGGCUUAAGCUGAGGAAAUCGGAGUCCAGGAGCUCUCUGGCCUCCCAGAGGUCUAAACAGAGCUCAUUCCGCAGCGAGGCAGGGAUGAGUACUGUGUCUUCAGCUGCAUCUGACAUCAACUCUACUAUCAGCCUUGGAGAUGCAGAUGCAGAGUUGGCAGUGGCUGAUGACGACGUGGACGCCACAGCGACGGAGACCUACUGCGGGGAGUGGAAGAACGACAAGAGGACUGGAUUCGGAGUGAGCCGGAGGUCUGAUGGUCUACAGUAUGAGGGGGAGUGGCUCAGCAACAAACGCCACGGCUAUGGAUGCACCGCUUUCCCCGAUGGUACUAAAGAGGAGGGGAAGUACAAGCAGAACAUCCUAGUGAGUGGCAAGAGGAAGAACCUGAUCCCUCUCCGGGCCAGUAAGAUCCGAGAGAAGGUUGACCGAGCUGUGGAGGGAGCACAGAAGACAGCAGACAUCGCCCGACAGAAAGCUGAAAUCGCCCUGUCCAGGACGGCUCAUGCGCAGGGUAAAGCAGAGGCAGCAGUUGGAGCGGCUCAGAAAGCUCAGGAGGAGAGUCGCAUGGCCAGAGUCACCGCCAAGCAGUUCUCCCCUUCGUUCCAGCAUCCCGGAAAUGGCAUGGAGGUGCAGCGUCCAAAAUGUCAAGUGUCGAGCGAGGUGGAGGGUGAGGGCUUGUCGAGUAGCGCUGGAACCGCAGACAGCCCCGACCUCUACGUGAAGAGCACGGGCUCAGAUGACCCCUCCAACGCCACACCAGAUCUAAGUCCCUCUUCUUCCUCACCUCAACACACCCCUCCUCCCCCCAUCAGACCAUCCCAGCGCAGCAAAAGUGCUCGCUUCCACCGGCAGAUCGCUGUUGACCACGGAGACCGAGGGAAGGAGGGAGGAGAACGAGGGGAAAAGGGGGGAUCCGGAGGGCAGACGGAAAUCCAGGUGUUGAUAGAGCGAGGCGGCAGAGAGGGCGAGGGUGCGGGGAAGGUGGAGUACAUGAGGGCCAAAAGCUAUAGUGAGGAAAAAAAGAAAGGGAUGUUGCACAAAGCAGGGGGAGGAGUCAUCGGGCAAGGAGUUGGCAGGACCAAUGGACACAAACACAGCUCCUCCAAUCACAAGUCUCGGGGCCACGGCUCAUCCAAUCAUAAACAAGCCAGAGGAGACAGAUGGACAGAGACGUCCCCUUCUGCCUCUUGGACGUCUGGGCAGCGGGGGGCGCACUGCAGGGGAGGACGGCUCCUCGAGCAGGAUGAAGAGAAAAUGAGCAACUAUGAAAUGGAGAUGAAGCCUUUACAGCCCAGAGACUCCACUACCCACAAGCCCCAUGGGCACGGGGAGGAGAAGCACGGGGAGGGGGGCUCACACACCUUGCAAAGACAGAGGCAUAAGAGAGAGGGGAAAGAAGGGAGGGAGAGUAAAGAGCAGCUGGAGAGCGGACACCUGGGAGAGAAGAUGGAUUCUCGGCCUAUACGACGGGACCUGACCCUCUCCCCCCCUCUUAAGUCCUCCCCCAUCGCUUCAGAGCAGCAGGACCACAGACUCACACAGAGCAAAGGCCACUCAGUAAGACCGCCGUCAACAAACACGAUGUGAAACCAUGAUAUCACCAAAAACACCAAAAUAGAUGUGUAGUGAUCCAUUCAUUUUAAACACUCACUAGUUGAUCAUUAAUUUACGUUGAAUUCAGCUUUUCCAAGGUCUUUCUGAUGCCAUAAUUAACUAUUAUUAAUCUGUGUUGGGUCGAAUACCAGUAAACAUACUUUUUUGUUUAGCUUACAUACAAGAUCAUACAAGAUGCAUCAUUGAAAAAAGUUGUGUACACAUUUUGUAAAGAGCACAUGUAGUGAAAUACUUCAUAAUAAUAACAAAUAAUAAAAAAUAAUAGUUAUUAAUGGUAUGUAGCUUCAAAGCCAGGCGAUGUCUCGGGAAGUUGCAAUUUGCUAACGAUAUA